AGUCUGAGCGCGCGCUGCAGCGGCAGAGCCAAAGCCGGGAGCCCAAGCGGCCGCCGGAUCGCAGCCCGUGGGGCCAGCCGCAACCAUGGGCAACCGUGGCAUGGAGGAUCUAAUCCCGCUGGUCAACCGGCUGCAGGAUGCCUUCUCCGCCAUCGGCCAGAACGCGGACCUCGACCUGCCGCAGAUCGCCGUGGUGGGCGGCCAGAGCGCCGGCAAGAGCUCGGUGCUCGAGAAUUUCGUAGGCAGGGACUUCCUGCCCCGAGGAUCUGGCAUUGUCACCCGACGCCCCCUGGUCCUGCAGCUGGUCAAUGCUACCACAGAAUAUGCCGAGUUCCUGCACUGCAAGGGGAAGAAAUUCACCGACUUCGAGGAGGUGCGCCUGGAGAUUGAGGCUGAGACCGACCGGGUGACUGGCACUAACAAGGGCAUCUCUCCUGUGCCCAUCAACCUCCGCGUCUACUCGCCGCACGUGCUGAACCUGACCUUAGUGGACCUGCCCGGAAUGACCAAGGUCCCAGUGGGGGACCAACCUCCCGACAUCGAGUUCCAGAUCCGGGACAUGCUUAUGCAGUUCGUCACCAAGGAGAAUUGCCUCAUCUUGGCCGUGUCCCCAGCCAACUCCGACCUGGCCAACUCUGAUGCCCUCAAGGUCGCCAAGGAGGUGGACCCCCAGGGUCAGCGUACCAUAGGGGUCAUCACUAAGCUGGACCUGAUGGACGAGGGCACAGAUGCCCGUGAUGUUCUGGAGAACAAGCUGCUCCCGCUGCGCAGAGGCUACAUUGGAGUGGUGAACCGGAGCCAGAAGGACAUCGAUGGUAAGAAAGAUAUCACGGCUGCCUUGGCUGCUGAACGCAAGUUCUUCCUCUCCCACCCUUCCUACCGCCACUUGGCUGACCGCAUGGGCACGCCCUACCUGCAGAAGGUCCUUAACCAGCAACUGACAAACCACAUCCGGGACACACUGCCAGGGCUGCGGAACAAGCUUCAGAGCCAGCUGCUGUCCAUUGAGAAGGAGGUGGAGGAGUACAAGAACUUCCGCCCCGAUGACCCAGCACGCAAGACCAAGGCUCUGCUGCAGAUGGUCCAGCAAUUUGCUGUAGACUUUGAGAAGCGCAUUGAGGGCUCAGGGGACCAGAUCGAUACCUAUGAACUGUCGGGGGGAGCCCGCAUCAACCGGAUCUUCCAUGAGCGCUUCCCCUUUGAGCUGGUCAAGAUGGAGUUUGACGAGAAGGAACUCCGAAGGGAGAUCAGCUAUGCCAUCAAGAAUAUACAUGGCAUUAGGACAGGCCUCUUCACACCUGACCUCGCUUUUGAAGCCACAGUGAAAAAGCAGGUGCAGAAGCUUAAAGAGCCCAGUAUCAAGUGUGUGGAUAUGGUAGUCAGUGAGCUCACAACCACCAUCAGAAAGUGUAGCGAAAAGCUCCAGCAGUACCCCCGGCUGCGGGAGGAGAUGGAGCGCAUCGUGACCACCCACAUCCGGGAGCGCGAGGGUCGCACCAAGGAGCAGGUCAUGCUCCUCAUCGAUAUUGAACUGGCUUACAUGAAUACCAACCAUGAGGACUUCAUAGGCUUUGCCAAUGCUCAGCAGAGGAGCAACCAGAUGAACAAGAAGAAGGCUUCAGGGAACCAGGAUGAGAUUCUGGUCAUCCGGAAGGGCUGGCUGACCAUCAACAACAUCGGUAUCAUGAAGGGGGGCUCCAAGGAGUAUUGGUUUGUGCUGACCGCCGAGAAUCUGUCCUGGUACAAGGAUGACGAGGAGAAAGAGAAGAAAUACAUGCUGUCCGUGGACAACCUGAAGGUGCGGGACGUGGAGAAGGGCUUCAUGUCCAGCAAGCACAUCUUUGCCCUCUUCAACACGGAGCAGAGGAAUGUCUACAAGGAUUAUCGGCAGCUGGAACUGGCCUGCGAGACACAGGAGGAGGUGGAUAGCUGGAAGGCCUCCUUCCUGAGGGCUGGCGUGUACCCUGAGCGUGUUGGGGACAAAGAGAAAGCCAGUGAGACGGAGGAGAAUGGCUCAGACAACUUCAUGCACUCCAUGGACCCACAGCUGGAACGGCAGGUGGAGACCAUCCGGAACUUGGUGGACUCAUACAUGGCCAUCGUCAAUAAGACUGUCCGGGACCUCAUGCCUAAGACCAUCAUGCACCUCAUGAUCAACAAUACCAAGGAAUUCAUCUUCUCGGAGCUGCUGGCCAACCUGUACUCGUGCGGGGACCAGAACACACUGAUGGAGGAGUCGGCCGAGCAGGCGCAGCGGCGCGACGAGAUGCUGCGCAUGUACCACGCACUGAAAGAGGCGCUCAGCAUCAUCGGCGACAUCAACACGACCACUGUCAGCACGCCCAUGCCCCCGCCCGUGGACGACUCCUGGCUGCAGGUGCAGAGCGUACCGGCUGGACGCAGGUCACCCACGUCCAGCCCCACACCGCAACGCCGAGCCCCCGCGGUGCCCCCAGCCCGGCCCGGGUCGCGGGGCCCUGCUCCUGGGCCUCCGCCUGCUGGGUCCGCCCUAGGGGGGGCGCCCCCCGUGCCCUCCAGGCCGGGGGCUUCCCCUGACCCCUUCGGUCCUCCCCCCCAGGUGCCCUCGCGCCCCAACCGCGCCCCGCCCGGGGUCCCCAGAAUCACUAUCAGUGACCCCUGAGGAGCGUCAGCCACGGAAGGGCCCAGCCUCACCUACGCGACCUGCGGUCCCCCGACCAGCUG